GCCAUUGACAACUAUCGUUAUACGUUUCAAUCGGCAUAGGCUGAUCAUGUGCUUCAUGUAGGCUAAAUGCUUAGUUUUUAGACUUGCCUCAAAGAGCCGGUUUAGGUGAUGUCAACACUAAACUCAUUUUGUUGUUAGAUUUUGAUUGUGCAAAUUGAGGAAAUCAAUCUGCGCAGGCUUAUGCUCAUCUGAACAUGCCUUAGAAGUUGAACUGCAGGUUAAAAUGGCGUUGUUUAACGUUUCAACAUUUCCUCGACUGUUUUGCGACGUAAGGUUGCCAAAGGUUUUGUUCUCUGGAGCGCAAUUCAGUGACAUGACUUCCCGAACUUCGACACUGUGCUCUCUGCGGACAAGGCCUCCUAAAGAAACUGGAUGUGGUGUAUCACUCUGCUUUGCGGUUUGUAAUAGGAGCACCUUCUAGAACACAUCACUGCAUGCUAUAUGAAAAGAUUGGGACUGUGUCAUCAUUUUUCAACAUCGAAAGCCAGAGAUGGCCUAGGCCGAAGACUACAAUGGGCCAAUGAAAAAUAUGAACAUUUACUACAACAACGUUUGCCACGGUUUUAUAUUCUGUACAGUACAUUUCUGAAUGGAUUUCGACUCUUAUUUCAAGAUGCCAAAGAGGUGAGAGAGAUUAAGACCAGAAUGCUUUCCAACAAUACAGAUCGCUGGAAAUUGCCUUAUCGUGAGCUGGAGAAACUCAGGCAGUUUCGUAGAGAUAUGAUCAAAGCCAUCCCACUGCUGCUGAUCUCCAUACCACCCUUUGCUAACUAUGUGGUAUUUAUCCUAAUGUAUCUCUUCCCCCGACAUGUCCUGAUUCCACAUUUCUGGACAUCUCAGCAGCUUGUGGAGUUCCAAGCUGUUUAUCACUCCCAUCGAGUUCAAUCGUACAGACCUGUGAUCGAUGGCCUGAUGCGAGCAGUUCCAUCUAUCAAAGAUGUUAAUCUCCAGAUGUCCCUCUUGGAGCUGUGUGGUAAGGUGCAGAGAGGUGGCCAUCCUACGGUCUCUGAAGUGCAUGCGCUGCAGACCUUGUUUGCUGGAUCAAUGCUAGGACUGAAGAGUCUGUAUACAGAUCACAAGAAACAGCUAUGCUCCCUACUCUUUCUUACUUCCAACCUCCCAUCUUUUCUGAUUGGCCAGCGAUUGAAUAAUCAUGCCAUAGAGUUAAUGCGCCUGGACAGAGCCUUGUCACAACUUGGGCUCCACCAACUCAGUGAUGCAGAGAUUAAACAGGCAUGUUACGUGAGGGGGAUAAAUGGUUACUCUUUGAGUUCAAGUCAGUGUAGAGAGUGGCUUGCCCAGUGGCUCCAGUUUUCCGUCCAUCUCAGAGAUCCAGAGGCAUCGCUGUAUUUGCACAGCAUGGUUCUUCUUUCAGUAAACUACCCCCAGCCCCACCAUUGUUGGCAUUCUUCACUCCAUUCUCAGAGACUAGAGGAAUAUGAAGACAAAAUACUAUAAUAAUUGAUUAAUUAAAUGUAAACUAUGCAGUAUUGGCAAUUUCCUUACUGUUUUCUCGGUUUUUGCUUUUUUUUCGCUGGCUCUGUCAUGAUGAAUGUCUGAGAAACUCCAUCACUACCUUUUUCUAGCCGGUGCCUG